AAAAAAAAAAAAGCGGAAAGCCCUAACCCUUUUUCGUGAAGCUCCCUACGGUUUAUUUCCAUUCCACCGACUGUUCUCCCUCCAAACUCCUUCUCCGGCGAGCAGAACGCACCAGUAACGAGCGGUGGCGGCGCAGCGUCACAUCCCGACCUGGUUUUUCUCUCCCAGCCUUCUUUUCAGUCUGUAACAAUGGGUAGGAAAGCUGGUAGUUUGUUUAUCAACCCAAAGAAGUUUGGCAAUCUUAGCAAACCUUGCAUGAAGGAAAUGGUAUCAUUUCUCAAUUGCUUAUCCCUUAACCAAAACAACGAUGAGAAGUGCACCAGACAUAAGGAACUUCUAAAUACUUGCAUGGAUGCUCAGGCCAACAGAAACAAGAAACCUUGGGGUAGCAUUAAUUACCAGUUGCAGAGGCUUAGCAGAGGAAGAAAGUAGUUUGAGAUUCUACUGAGAGAGUGGUUAAUUAGCUCUAGUAACAAGAAUCAGAGAAAAAUCUGCAGGAAAUGUUUAAAUUUUGAACUGACAAAGCUGUCUACAGAAAAUUCUUGAAAAUCAAUACCCAGGUGCAAUUUCUUGACAUAAUUGUUAUCAUAUUUAGUGCAUAACUUAGGUAUAUUUGGUUGGGAAACUUAUUUAUUGCCUUCUUUCUUGUUGUCAAAUACUCAAGAGCCGUGCUUUUAGCUAUCAAGUGAUUAUGAAUCUCAACUAGGGUAAUAAAUAUUCUACGGAUUUCUUGAUGUCAAA